AUGGCUGCUUCGGCGGCCCAGAAUCCCGACAUGGCACCGGCGAGGCCCAUUCGGAUCGUCGACUUAUCUCAGAGCCGAGAGAGCCACUUUCUGCGUCUCAUGAAUGUCAGCUUCUUCGAGGUUCUCCCGCAAUACUUAGCCCUAAGCUACUGUUGGGGUGGCUACCAGGCGCCCAAGUGCGCUAGGUCGAACCGGAUGAGCUUGGAGCAAGAGAUCCCGUUCGCAGAUCUGCCGCUGACGCUCCGAGACGCCGUGCGCGUCGCGGUGCAACUCGACAUCCCCCCCGAGCCUAUCGACGCGCGAGGCUGGACGCUACAGGAGCGACUCCUGUCGCCGCGGACCAUCGAGUACGGAACAUGGCAGACACGCUACAUCUGCCAGGAGUCGGCAUACAAGCGUGACUACACGGACGGGUGGCGCCGCGAUGCCGACUACAACCACCAGCACAAAGACACGCUCGACCUCGAGCCUCUAUUACACUGGGAUCAGGUCCUGCGGACCUACACCAGCCGCCAGCUGACCAGGUCGACGGACCGUCCGCUGGCUAUAUCAGGAAUUGCGGAGAGAUUUGCCUCGAUCCUUAACAUCGACGGUGUCGGCAGCUGCUACGUUGCCGGCUUGUGGAAGCCGUUCCUGUACUACGGGUCGAUGUGGCACAUUGACCGCGACGCCAUCGCUCCGCGCCCGGUCGAGUUCCAGGCACCAGCCUCCUCUUUCGGGGUCGCGGGGGGAGCAGCGGGAAGAAAUACUAGAAACGCCGCUUCCGUCAUGGUUCUGGAGGUCCAGCACUACACGGCCGGCGCCUCUUGGGGCUGCUGCGGCCGAGUGCUGCGGCGCGCCAAGUGCACGCCGUCCGACAACCCGUUCGAGGGUUCUGUUUUUAGGCGGGUGGGCACGUUCGAGUACGCGACGCACCGCGAGGGACAGCGGACGGGCGAGAGCUGGGACGAGUGGGAGAGGCGCAUCGAGACCGACUUUUCCUGGUUCAAGAACACUGAGCCGAGGGAGAUUGAGAUCUUGUAA